AGUGAUUGUGGCACACCUCUCUUUGGUAGUUCGUCAUACUUCCCACUUGAUUCUAGUCAGAUUGCUUCCGCUCAUGAAAUGUAUCAGAACUUGUCAUUGUACACUAAUACGAAUGCAGGUGUUAUUACUAUUAAUGACGAUGAGGAAGUUGAUGAAGAUACUCAAACUGAUAGAUCACCUUUGCAAUUUUCAAAUGAUUUGAAAGAUCACUUAAGAUUUAAACGAAUGAAUCCAACAGACGUGUUCCUAAAAGGAUUACUUUCACCCGAACCAUCACUCGCGAUAGUGCCGUUUAAUCCUGAUCGCCUUAAAGGUUUACUUCCUCCUGAUUCUUCAGAUCAAACACCAAACGAAGAAAAUUCGGACACUAAAGUAUUACCAACUAGUCAAAUGCUCGAUUCUCCUACUAUGUUCCCCACCUUUUCUCCUACAUUUAAUAACAUUUCAUGCAUGGAUAUCGAUUCAGAUGUCAAAGGAUAGAAAAAAUAUACUAUAGUUUUUAUUUUAGCAUACAAAUCGGGUGUACAGUUACAGUGAAUAAUCUAUGCAUUUUCUGGUGUUACUAUAUUCAUGAAGUGGACGUAUAAAACAUAUGACACAACUUGCCUUCAAUUAUAGUCUUUAUAUUAUUUGUUGCUUAUAAACUUGUUAAUAUAUUUUUUGCUAUACUACUUUUUUGACACAGUGCACAAAUAUACUGUUGGUUCUUGUAAUAUUUAUUUUUGUAAUAAUCAUUGUAUAUGCACGCUACAUAUUCUUGAUUACUUUCUGUUUAGAGAAAAAUAUAAACAAAAUUUUGUUUAUUUCUUCUGUGUUGGAUAUAUGUGAACACUAAUUCAAUUUCAAUUGUAAAAUAUUAUUAAAACUAGUGAUUCCAACCCAAAUUAUCCGUAACACUUUGAAUUUUGCCAGAUAUUUGUUUGAAUUACAAUAAAUCACACUUUUACUAUAAAGAGAUUUGUAAAAUUUGUAACUGAUUGAUUGACUUUUGUGUAUAGUUUAGAAAUAGAAAACACUCAAACCUAGACAGGAUUCAUUCCUAUAUUAUUUUUAGAUGGAAUAGCUUAAAUCAAUAACACUUUAAAAGUGUUGUGUAUUUUAGUGUGAAAUAAAAUAAAUUUCUUGAUAAUAUUGAGUAAAACUUGAAAACAUUUCAAGAGUUACUUGUAAUUUUGUUCUAAUUCAGUUUUUCUGUUCAACAAGCCUACUUAUUUUCCACUGUACUUACAAAGUCUAUUUAUAUUUCUUACUCUCAAUUGAUGAAAACAAUCGAAAUUGCAAAUAAACAUAGCGUGUCAAAAUGAUUGUGUACGUAGUAAUUCUUUUCCACGCUCUAUAAUCCAAAAAAGUGUAGCAUUGCCUCA